CGCGUCGCGCGACGCGUUCGGACGCGUGCCACUCGUCUUCCCCACCCUCACUCCCUGCUCCUAUAUACCCCAGCCCGUUCGCACAAGGUAACACGUUAUGCGAAAUCCAGCUAAUCCCCCUGUCAAGCAUAUACUGCGGCCUCAUCACGUCAAUCUCCUGGCCAUUAUCGUACUGGCAUUCCAGACAUUCGAUUAUGCACCAGAAGGGCCACUCCCCGGACCAUUCAUGCUUCAUCUCUAUCGCAUCCUCAUCCGCGAACUCUCCGAAGUAAUGGAACCGAAGGGAUUUGGCGAUCUGACUACCGAAAUCAUGAAAGGCCCUAUGGGAGACCUGCCCUCUGCACAGAGAUUCUAUCAGAGAUUCUCCAACGAGCAUCUACGACUGCAACGACCGCAAGAUCUUUCUGACUUCUUCGCAAACUUACAUACUCUCUAUGUGGAAAGAGACGAGGAGGAUAAUAACUCAGACUUCGCUCGCCGCUCCCUCUUUGGCUUUUUCUGCCAUCGGUGUUACAUCAGUUCUCGGAAGCUGUCCUUUACUGGGCUCUCCAAGCUGCACCGGGAUUACAUAUCCUGGAUAGAACUCACCUUCCACGCCGGUCAGCAUUCAGACCAGCAUCCGACAAAGCUUCCGGGUUAUGAAGAUACGCGAGAAGAUGCACUUACAAUGGACUACCUGGCUCAUAAAGCGCAGAGCGACAAGAAACCUCACGCUGUAGCGACCGCUCUCGGAGAUUACGAAAAGGCGGCGGCCAUCGGCGAAGAGAACAGCGCAACGGAACACCUGCGACGGUUUUUUGAGCAGCACUUUCACGAAGCUCACGAUUCAGGACUCCGGCAACAUGCCCUACUCAGUGUUGCCCGGAGACACUACCUGCACCACGAGUUCGUUGCUUGUAGGAAGACCCUCCAAGAGGCUAUCGGCGUAGCUCGGACGUGCAGUGACAAACUCACUCUACAGGCCUGCAUGAGUCUAUAUAACCGCUUGCCACCCACGGAGCACGGUCAAAAGCCGACGAUCAACGAUAUACAACCUGAUCUACAUCCCUACGAGAUCUUGCGCGAUGUUGAGAAGCUUCUGCAGAUCAGCAAUCAACAACCACUCACUGCAGCGUUUGAGAGGAUCAUCAAAACGGUAGGAUUGUACGACCACUGGAUCAAUCUUCAGCGUGCUCCGUUCAUCGAAGCCGAACAAUGGGGUCCACAUACCGUACAAAGUGUGGUGUGGAGCCUGCACGGUUGCGCGCGACUGGCGCAGAUACAGGAGAACAUAGUGACCGCAUUCACCGAAGUGGGCGGUGCAGACAACAACCGGCUUACAGUCGCACUUAAUCGCGCCUAUUAUCGUGCUCGACAAGGCAAGUACGAAGCUGCGCUAGCCAGUCUUAUCGAUCCGGAUGUAUGGCGAGGGUUGUACAUGACGGACUACCACAUUUGGGCGAACGAGAUAUGGCAUAUUCUCGUCUUGCGCGCCAGUCGUCGCGGGCAACCCCGCCAGUUCACGGAGUUUUUGAAGCAGCGCCGUCCACACGGCGUGUACAGAGGCCGAGAAUAUUGGAACGGGACCCCGAUGUCGCUGAAUUCGUGCAUACGGGACCCGAUGUAUGAACACAUACAGAUGAAAGAAGCGGAUCAAGGGUAUACCUGGGUUGAACCAUUGUUGACGGCCACAUGGCAGGCCGAGUUCCAGUGUAGAUUCGGGCACUACCGGACAGCACUUGUUCUACUGGCGGAUGUCGCCCUGGAGCUGGGGAUGACCAAAUGGUGUAGGAGGAUUAUUGAGGAGAUUUUACCUCAGGUUAUCGGCGGGGACGACCUUGAACAGCGUGCGCUGACAUGUUUCGUCUUCGCAAGAUGCGUCAUAGCAGCGGGGGAUUGGACGCCGCAAUCACUACAAGAGUCUAUCCCUUAUCUCGUUACCGCGGAGAAGGACUACGAGUUGCUCGACAUGUUCCGCCAGCUGCAAGAUGUCCAGUACUUCUUGUCAGUGGUAUAUCACAACUUGGGCAUGGUGAAGGAGCGGGACGCUACUGCGACGCGGCACUUGAAGGCAGACUCGCUCCGGGCAAAGGCCACGACUGUAGUAUUGGAGGAUAUGGUUACGGAAGUAUGGGAUCUUGUUGUAGACGUAGGUGCUGCCCUUGCAGCCAGGUAAUCCGAGUCAUCGCCUUGUUCGUACGGGCUAGCGGCCCCGGGCGCCG